AUGGACGAUGCAGUGCUGGAGAGUUGCUUUGCAAAGGCCGAGGCGCCAUUCGUCUGCGAGCCACCACGGCCGCCUUCUAUAUCACCAUCAAAUCUUAACGGGGUAGCCGGCUUCACUCUGGCACCACGCGAGCAGGCUUCUCAAACAUGUUUUCCAUCUUCCUCAGAUCUGCUGUUGGAUGGUUCAGAGGAAAGAUGGCGUCCACUAGAUGAGUACUGGUGCGACCUGCGUAUUGUCAACACGGCAGUGUUAAUUUUGCCAACGGCCAAGGCUUUCUUAACAGGCAUCCAUGUCCAGACGAUCUGUCAAACAAAGAACGGCCAGCAUUCCCUGCGCGACCAAGCCCAGCCACCUUCUCUAGCCCUCACGCCUGCUGCCUUGUUCCGGCACUCGAGCGUCGUAGUGCGGCUGGGCAGAACGGGCAGUGCAUUAGGCGUAUUUCGUUCAUCACACUCGCACAAUAUUCAAGAAUGGACAUCAGAGGUGAAUCAAAUCGAAUUUUAUGGAUCAAGAUAG